AUGACUAGUGAAAAGUAUACCUGUUUGACAUGUUCUGAACAAUUUUCAGAAGCUGGCCAAAUUCAGAAACAUCUCUCGACAACUCGACACAAGUCAGUGCGAUUAGAAAGUUUGGAUGAGACUUUAGAAUGUGAAGAAUGUUCCGACAGUAAUAUUCAUCAGUUGUCCAUUGUUAGAUAUGGGUUUAACGAUAUGUCUUUAUUGUGUCAAAUUUGUCUUGAGAAAGAUAAUAAGAAAACAGGUGAAACACCCAGUGCUAGUUACACGCUAUCAAAUGGGGCAUUUUUCAAUAAACUUCCGCAGUACUUGAAAUUUAGGGACAUUGAAUGUAUGGAAUGUGGAGAUGAUACCCAUUUGUCUGUUGCCAACACGUCUUCUGGGCAAUUAGUGAUUUGUCGUAAAUGUUUACCGAAAUAUGAAAGUGAUAAUGUGAAAUUUAUAAGUGAAGAUAGCGAUGAUUUUCUUUCUGAGUUGUUGGGGAUUAAGGAAGUGAUAAUCAAGAAAUCUUCAAGAAAGAGAAAAUCCGGGAAGAAUGGUGGUGGCAAGAGAGGGGGGAAAGCAGGAAGACGAACAAGAAAGCCAGACCCUGAUGCAGAAGCUAGAAAAGCACAUUAUUUACAAUCUAAGCAAACGGCAAAAGAUAUUAAAUCUGGUACUACUGUCAAAGCUAUAGGGUCAAACGGUGCUGCUAACAAUAAAACAUCAACAACAGGAACAAAAAACAACACAAAGCCAACAUCAAGGUAUGGUAAAAGCCCGAGUGUUAGUGGCAAAUCAACUCCUAAACCUGGUAAGAGUCCAGCAACCAGUGGCAAGUCAACUCCACAUUUUGGUAAGAGUCCAUCUGUGAGUGGUACUACUACGCCAAAGGCUAGAUCGUCAACUCCUGUAAACGACCCCAAAAAUAAACCAAAACCAGAUAGUAAACCCAAGAACAAAGCUGUUAAUGAGAAAUUGGAAAAUGCGUCAAAUACUAAGCCAAAACCAAAAAUUGAUAAAAAAACUCCUACAGAAAAAGCAGAGAAUAAGUCUAAACUGAAAGAAAACAAUACACUGUCUCCAAAAGAACCAAAAGGACAGGCUCCUACUAAGCUAGGAUCUAAGAAAUCUCCUGAAAAAGAUAAAACAAAGGAAAGUUCAUCAAAGACAGGCAAAAAACCAGAGUCAGCAGUAAAAUCCGAUAAAAAACAGAAAUCUAAUGUCCCACAACUGUAUAGCAAGACAAAAUCUGGAUCUAAAGCACAACAAACUGCUAAUGACAACAAAAAAUCAGGAGCAAAUUUACCGUCUUCCAAAGAAAGUUCACUUGUACUUCCUCCGUAUAUCACAAAAUUCCAUCCAUCAGAAAAACCAAAACUUACCUACGAUUCAAUGAAUGAAUAUUUCAAAGAGAUAAGUUUUAAUGUAUUUUUAGAGGAUCAAUUAAACAAUGAACUGAAUAUUAUUGAUUCCAGUAAUUUCACUAUUUCUUGGUAUGAAGAUCUAGAUAAAAAGAAUAAUCAAUUUCAAUUACAUAUUCCUAUGCGUCCAGAAAUCAUUGAUAAAUUUUUAUCGCAAAAAUUGAAAAAAUUUAAAAAGAAUCCAUUUCUGGUAGAUCAAGCAAUUUUUUUAAUUUUAGAUGAUGAAAUCAUGUGGUCAGGUUAUAUAGCAACUGUUGAUGAAAUUGCUAGUAAAAAGGGUAGAAGAGUUAAAAAAGAUGUUAUUGAACUAAUUAUUAUGUUACAUCCUUGGUCACAAGCAUUACCAAGAACUGUCCAUGUUUCUAAUUUGAAAAUAUUACCAGCUUCACAACCAGUUAGUCGAGUAUUGAAUGCUAUGAAAACUAUUAAUAAUGCAGGUUUUACAAGAAUGUUAUUGGGUAAAGAACCAAUCAAACAAAUUGAUUUCAAGAAUUUUUUGAAAUUCCAAGGACAAAAUUUGAAUGAAUCUCAGAAAAAGGGGGUACAAUCAGUUCUUAAUAAUUCUAUUACUGUGUUACAAGGGCCACCAGGUACUGGUAAAACAUCUACAAUUUAUGAAAUUAUAUUACAAUUACUUGAUUCAUUAAACACUUAUCCUAUUCUUGUGGUUGCAGCAUCUAACAUUGCUAUUGACAAUAUAGCUGAAAAGUUAAUGACAAAACAUGGCAAAGAUAUUUUGAGAAUUACUGCAGCAGAAAAGGAACGUGACUAUAAUAGAUCACAUCCAUUAGCGUCAAUUUGUUUACAUCAUAAAAUGUAUGAUGCUAUGCCCAUGAAAUAUCAACAAGUUAUGGAUGAAAUGAAACGAGGCAUGGCACCAUCAAUUGGAACUACUGCUUAUAAGAAAUAUGCUCAAGAAAGAUUUUUUUUGUCGAAUCAGAUUGUUACUCAAGCAAAAGUUGUAUUGGCAACACCUGUAGUAGCAGGUGGAAUCAAAUCGUUAAAUAAUGUCAGGGUAGUGAUUAUCGAUGAAGCAACUCAAUCAUCUGAACCAACAACUUUAAUUCCAUUAGCGUUACCAUCAGUAGAAAAAUUGGUAUUAGUGGGAGAUCAAAAACAAUUAAGUUGUUUUUCAUUGAUUCCUAAUUUAUCAUUGUCCUUGUUUGAAAGAGUUUUAUUAAAUGGUACUUAUAAGACACCACAUAUGUUGGAUACACAAUAUCGUAUGCAUCCAGAGAUCAGUGAGUUCCCACGGACAAAAUUCUAUGGUGGGUUAUUGAAAGAUGGCAUUGAUGCCAAUGCAAGACAACUGGAAGGGGUUAUUUCCAGUCCACUUUAUUUUUGGGAUACCAAGGGGAAUGCAAGAGAACAAUCUGUUAGAAACUUCCUUCGUGAAGAUGGAGGUUACACUUAUACGAAUCGUGAUGAGAUUGGUUAUAUUCAACAGGUGUUACGAACAUUAAUUAUAACAAAGGGGGUUAAACCAGAACAAAUAGGUAUAAUAACACCAUAUUCUGGACAACGUGAUUUGAUUUCAGCAACGUUGGUGAAAGAUGAUGUCAUCAAUCCUAGUAAUGAACAAAUGAAAACCGAAGUUGAUAUUGAUGAUUUGAAAAAUGAUUCCAAACCAGUUACAAUUCAUAUAGUUUCUGGUAUUAUGAUUGCAUCUAUUGAUGCCUUCCAAGGUAGAGAAAAGGAUUAUAUGAUUAUGUCAUGUGUUAGAUCGAAUACUAAAGGGGUGAUUGGAUUUUUAAGAGAUGAAAGAAGAUUGAAUGUGGCACUUACUAGAGCCAAAUAUGGUUUAAUAAUGGUAGGAGAUAAGAAAUGUUUGCAAAAUGGAGAUAAAUUAUGGAAGGAAUACUUGCAGUAUUUGGAUUCCAAAAAAGCUAUACAUGAUAAUGAUACUUUUGGCGAAUAG